AUGGUGCACACUCAGGGCACCAGAAGGAAAGUCUGUUACUACUACGACCAGGAUGUUGGAAAUUACAAUUAUGGACAAGGCCAUCCCAUGAAGCCUCAUGGAAUCCGCAUGACUCACAAUCUGCUGCUCAGCUAUAGCCUCGACCAAAAGAUGGAAAUCUAUCGCCCUCACAAGACCAGUGCUGAGGAGAUGACUAAGUACCACAGCAAUGACUACAUUAAGUUCUUGUGCUCCAUCCGUCCAGAUAACAUGCCUAAGUACAGCAAGCAGAUGCAGAGAUUCAGUGUUGGUGAGGACUGUCCAGUAUUUGAUGGCCUGUUUGAGUUCUGUCAGCUGUCCACUGGUGGCGCAGUAGCAAGUGCUGUGAAACUUAAUAAGCAGCAGACAGACAUCGCUGUGAGUUGGGCUGGGAACCUGCACCAUGCGAAGAAGUCCGAGGCAUCUGGCUUCUGUUAUGGCAAUGAUAUCCUCUUAGUCAUCCUGGAACUGCUAAAGUGUCACCAGAGAGUGCUGUAUAUUGACAUUGAUAUUCAAAUUGGUGAUGGCAUAGAAGAAGCUUUCUAUACCACAGACCAGGUCAUGACUGUGUCCUUUCAUAAAUAUGGAGAGUACUUCCAAGGAACUGGGGACCUACGGGAUAUUGGGGCUGGCAAAGGCAGGUAUUAUGCUGUUAACUACCCACUCCGAGAUGGGAUUGAUGAUGAGUACUAUGACGCCAUUUUCAAGCCAGUCAUGUCCAAAGUAAUGGAGAUGUUCCAGCCUAGUGCAGUGGUCUUACAGUGUGGCUUGGACUCCCUCUCUGGGAAUUGGCUGGAUUGCUUCAAUCUAACCAUCAAAGGGCAUGCUAAGUGUGUGGAGCUUGUCAAAAGCUUUAACCUGCCUAUGCUGAUGCUGGGAGGAGGUGGUUACACCACUUGUAAUGUUGCCCGGUGCUGGACAUAUGAAACAGCUGUGGCCCUAGACACCGAGAUCCCUAAUGAACUCCCAUAUAACAACUACUUCAAAUACUUUGGACCAGAUUUCAAGCUUCUCAUUAGUCCUUCCAAUAUGACUAACCAGAACACUAAUGAGUACCUGGAGAAGAUCAAACAGUGGUUCUUUGAGAACCUGAGAAUGCUGCCCCAUGCACCUGGGACCCAAAUGCAGGUAAUUCCUGAGGAUGCCAUUCCCAAGGAGAGUGGUGAUGAGGAUGAAGAAGACCCUGACAAGCGUAUCUCAAUCUGUCCCUCUGACAAACACAUUGCCUGUGAGGAAGAGUUCUCUGACUCAGAUGAGGAGGGUGAAGGUGGCCGCAAGAACUCUUCCAACUUCAAGAAAGUCAAAAGAAUCAAAACACAAGAUGAGAAAGAGAAAGAACCAGAAGAGAAGAAAGAGAGGAGGAGAAGCUAG